GAACAAGGAAACAAAAGUAUUUUUCAUUUACCUCUCAGUUUGGAUGCAUGUCUCUCAUGGACACAUAUACGGACAGAUUUAAAUCUCAGUCAUGCUCUGAACCUCCCACAUCAGAUUGAAAACCUGAAGGACUGGUUUGCUGACUUGGAAGACUUUGUGUCAAGACAACAAGAAACUCCUUGUUUAGAUACAACAUGGAAAGGAAAAGACUGCGAGAUGUGAGAUUGUGGUCAAGCUAAAGAAACCUUGAAGGGUUGUUUUGUGGCUACAAACUGGAAACUUUGUGCCAGCCACAUGGAGAGGACAUCGAUAUGCCAUGACUGAGUGUGUGACAGACUGUAUAAGCUUCUAUGUGCACAACCACACAGCAGAACUGUGAGAUGCUUCUCCAAUAACAAACCCUGGAUCACCAAAGGACAUUUUACAAUGAGUCGGACUGAGAAAAAAAUUGAGGCAUUCAGGCCCUCAAAUGAUCGUCUGUCCUCCAAAAUUAACGCUCAGAUUGGACCUCAAAGUCUUGAACAGGAAAUGAGGAACUCUUCUACACCGAGUGUUGUGUCACUUAAGAGCGAGAAAUCAAUGGAUUUCCCUCUCAAUUAUAAAGAUUCUUCAUAUUCAGAUUUUGGGGAAAAAAUGAGGAACUCUUCUACACCGAGUGUUGUGUCACUUAAGAGCGAGAAAUCAAUGGAUUUCCCUCUGAAUUAUAAAGAUUCUUCAUAUUCAGAUUUUGGGGAAAAAAUGAGGAACUCUUCUACACACAACACUGUGUCCCUAAAGAGUGAGAAAUCAAUGGAUUUCCCUCUGAAUUAUAAAAAUUCUUCAUCUUCAGGUUUUGGGCAGAAAAAUAGAAAGUCUUCUGCACCAAGCAUUUUGUCCCUAAAGAGCGAGAAAUCAAUGGAUUUCCCCCUUAAUUAUAAAGAUUCUUCAUAUUCAAGUUCUUGGCAGAAAAUGAGAAAGUCUUCUACACCGAGUGUUGUGACCCUAAAAAGUGAGAAAUCAAUGGAUUUCCCUCUCAACUAUAGACAUUCUUCAUUUUCAGGAUUUGACCAGGAAAUGCCAAAGGAGACCAGCAGUUUUCAUACAGACCUUCACUCAGUUUUUGAGAGACUUGAGAGGGAAACUGUAACUUUUAUCAGACGGAAGCUGAAGAAGUUCCAUCGGCUGUUAACUACUAAUUACCCAAAACACCUUGGGAGACAUAAUGUGACUAAAAACGUGCUGCAAUGUGAGGAAGGAAGGAAGAUCUUUGGUGGAGAAGAUGAGUUCAGGAACUUUCUUCGGGAAUUUUUGAGGAUGACGAAGCUUGGAGACCUCGCUGAUACUCUGUCUUCCAAUCACUCAACCAUGAGCCCAUCUAAGGAUAAAGAUAUGUCACAAAUGUUCAAACUCUCUGAAGAUGAUGACCAACAGCUUAAAGAUGAAAGAAAUAGAUUAAAUCCUCUUCAUAGAACGUCCCAGAAGGCAAACAUGGAAGCAACAUUUAAGAAUCUUGAGGAAAACAUUGUUACUUUUGUUGACAAUGAGCUAAAGAGUUUUCAUAAGCUCUUAUACACAAAUCCCCUGCAUAGCCAAGAUGAGGAUGAAGCAGUUGUUAACUGGGAGGACGAGCAGAAGAGGAUUACCAAAGACGCUUUUCUGAACAUGAUCCUGGAGUUUUUAAGGAGAAUGAAGCAGGAAGAGAUGGCCUUUGCUUUACAUAACAAGAGCCUGGUGUCUAAAUGCCAAAGUAAACUCAAAUCCAACCUGAAGACGAGGCUAGCAUAUGUGUUUGAAGGAAUUACAAAAGAAGGUCAUCCAACCCUUCUUAAUAAGAUCUACACUGACCUCUACAUAACGGAAGGACGUGAAGAGGUCAUCCGUGACCAUGAAGUGAACCAGAUUGAAAAAGCUCUCAUAAAUAAAAUGGACCCAUUAACAAUCAAAUGUGAAGAUAUUUUUAAACCUACCACUGGAAGAGAUAAACCUGUCAGAACAGUGAUGACAGAGGGAGUAGCUGGCAUUGGAAAAACAGUCUUGACACAGAAGUUUGCACUGGACUGGGCUGAAGGAAAAAAUAACCAAGACAUCCAGUUCACAUUUCCAUUUUCUUUUAGAGGACUGAACAUGGUGAAGGAGAAAAAGUUCAGUUUGGUUGAACUUAUUCAUCUCUUCUUUCCUGAAAUGAAAGAAGCUGGAAUCUGCUCUUUUGAACACUUCAGAGUUUUGUUCAUCUUUGAUGGUCUGGAUGAGUGUCGAUUUCCUCUGGAUCUCAAAACCAAAGAGAUUCUGACCAAUGUUACACAGUCCACAUCAUUAGAGGUACUGCUGGCAAACCUUAUCAAGGGGAGGUUACUUCCUUCAGCUCGAGUCUGGAUCACAACUCGACCUGCAGCAGCCCAUCAGAUCCCUCCUGAGGUUGUUGACCUGAUGACUGAAGUGAGAGGAUUCAAUGAUCCUCAGAAGGAGGAGUACUUCAGAAAGAGAUUCACAGAGGAAGAGGAAAGCAAAAUGGUCCUGUCUCAUAUCAAAUCAUCAAGAAGUCUUUACAUUAUGUGUCACAUCCCUGUCUUCUGCUGGAUCAUUGCUACUGUUCUAGAGGACACCAUUAAAGUCAGAGAAGAAACAGACCUACCCAAGUCACUGACAGAGAUGUAUGUCCUCUACCUGGUGGUUCUGUCCAAGGUGAAGAAUGUCAAGUAUGACGAAAAGGCUGACAAAAAUGCCUUCUGGACUCCAGAGACCAGGGAAAUGAUUAAAUCCUUGGGAAAACUGGCCUUUGAACAGUUAAUGAAAGGCAACCUGGUUUUCUAUGAAUCUGACCUGACACAGUGCGGCAUUGAUGUCAGAGCAGCCUCAGUGUAUUCAGGGGUUUUCACAGAGAUCUUUCAGGAGGAGAAAGGGUUUUUCCAUCAGAACAUGUUCUGCUUUGUCCACUUGAGCAUUCAGGAGUUUUUGGCUGCUCUUCACGUCCAUCUGACAUUCAUCAACACUGGUGUCAAUCUGCUGGCUGAAGAGGAAUCAGUCUCACCUGGGUCAAAGAUGUCUCAAGAACAAUUUGAGCACUUCUACAAGAAAGCUGUAGAUAAAGCUGUAGACAGUCCAAAUGGCAAACUGGAUCUGUUUCUAAGAUUCCUUCUGGGUCUUUCUCUGAAAACCAAUCAGAGGCUCCUCCAAGGCUUUGUGACAGAAAGAAAAAUAUCAAGCAGUUCAUUGAAAAACAUAGCACUGUACAUCAACAAGAGGAUUGAAGAGAUUCUGUGUCCAUUUGAUAAAGCCAAUUUAUUUCACUGUCUAAAUGAACUGAAGGAACUUUCUUUAGUGACAGAGAUUGAACAAAUCUUGAAUUCAGGAAAACUGGAGACGGAAAAAUUGUCAAAAGUUCAGUGGGCAGCACUGAUCCACAUUCUGCUGUCUUCAGACGAUUAUGAGAAAAACUUUGAUGUGAGAAAAUAUUAUAUUUCAAAGCAGGUUCAAGAGAGUUUUGCACCACUCUUAAUAAACUCAACUAAAGCUGUACUCAGUUGCUGUUUCCUGAAUGUGGAAAGCUAUACACAUAUGGGAUUUAUUAUCAGCAUUCCGUGCUAUAUAUUGAAAGAUUUGGACCUGAGUAACAACGACAUGAAAGAUUCAGGACUGAAGCUGCUGUGUGAAGGCAUUUCCAAACCAGACUGUAAACUUGAAACUUUAAGGUUGUCAGGUUGUUUAAUCACAAGAGAAGGUUGUGAAGUUCUGGCAUCAGCUCUGGCUUCUAACCCAUCUCACCUCAAAGAACUGGACCUGAGAUACAAUUACCCAGAAGAACAUGGAGUGGCACUCCUCUCUGCUGGACUGGAAAACCCAAACUGGGCAUUAACAACUCUUAGGGUGGAGCCGAGUGGAUUACAGUUUUUAAAACCUGGUCUGAGCAAGUAUGCUGUUGAACUCAUCCUGGACUCCACCACCACACACAGAAACCUCACACUGUCUGAAUUUAACAGAAUAAUGACAGUGGGACAAGGAGAGAAAGUCUCUUGGUUUGAUGCUGAGGAGGAGCUGCUGGGUAAACAUGAUCUCACUGGUCGCUGUUACUGGGAGGCAGAGUGGAGAGGAAAAGCUUCCAUUGGAGUGACGUACAAAGAAAUCAGAAGGAGAGGGGAAAGUAAUCGCUGUGGUCUUGGAAUGAAUGAUCAGUCAUGGGCUUUGUUGUGCUCAAAGGAAGGAUUCUCUGUUCUGCACAACAACAAAAUAACUAAAAUCUAUGUAGAUCCAUCAAACAAAGUAGGGGUUUAUGUGGACUGGCCUGGUGGCACUGUGUCUUUCUUUGGGGUUUUCCCUGACAAAAUGACCUACCUUCACACCUACAAUACCAAAUUCACUGAACCUGUGUAUCCUGUUUUGAGAAUAGAGCCUGAACCCGUUAAAAUUAGAAUGGCCACUAUGCUGUAAAAUUUUGUCAAUUAUUUUCAACUUGAAGCCAGUGCAGAGCACCUCUCUUUGCUCAACACAACUCCCACACAUAGCUUUGUGGCAUCCGGUGUAGCUGUCAGAUUUUGUAGUUAACGCAGAAUCUCAUGGGUGAGCUGCUAAACAUCCUGGGCAUCUCAGUUGUUCAAGACCAAGCAGAAAACUGCUUCUUUAUUUUGUCAUCUGAAACAUCCUGUUGCAACACCUGCUGACCAAAGUGUCAAGCUGUAAAAGAAUGCUGGUGAGAGUAAUCCUGUAAAUCCAAAUACUUACCAAUCCAACAAGAAAAUAGCAGAAGCAGUGAGUACUGUCCAAUGCAAAUCCAAAUUCUCCACAUCUGAUCGCUGCGAUACUUACAAGGCAGAGUGAACCUUGAUGUCAAGUAUGACUGUUCAGUAAUGAAAACUUUGAUUGGUUUUGCUGACGCUGACUGGCUUGUCAAAAGGAGAUCAAUAUGUCCUCCGUUCAGCUACAGACAAUAUUUUUCUUCUGCGUGGAAGAAAACUGAACUGAACAACAGUUUCACUUUCAGCAUCAGAAGGUGACAAUGUUUCUCUCAGUCAAGCAGCCAGAGGGCAGCUGCCUGAGAAGAUUACUGAGUGAACUAGGUUUGAGAACCAAGCAUAUAUACUGUACAUAUGAUUACAUUCCUGAGUUCAUGGAGAAUCGUGAAGUUAAGUUGUACUACUGUCCAACAGAUGACAUGAAGGCAGAAUAUCUCAACAAAGCCUCUUGCAAGACAGAAGUCUGAGUAUCUUAGGAGAGAUAGUCUUUUAUUUUUCUAAUGUAAAUAUGUGAUAUAAUGUUCUGCCAUGUUGUUGCAUUGUAACAUGGAUGAUAUGUUUCUUCUGAAUAGCAGUACAAUAAUAAGCAAGAAAGGAAAAUCACUGAUAUGUUAGUAUAGUAAGUUUUUGAGUUUAGUUUAUUAUUUAAACAUUAUUUUGUAUCUUUAUGCCACUGUCAAAAUUAAGAGGGAGUGUAUAAUGAAUGUUAAGGGAGAGACUACAAUGCUGCCAUCUGUUGCAUCUUUUAAGUAUUCCAGUAAGUAAAUAAACAUGCUGAAACGUUAUUCUCAUCAGUUUAAUAUGGCCGUUAAUCACUUGUUUUUAAUGACUUACUCACUUCAUGUUUGAUUUGUAAGAGGAUACUGUGUGUAUGGAUGUAUAUAUUUAGACAAAUGUAAACUCAGAUAAAAUGGAAACUUAAUUAACCAAUGUUAAUUUUUUUAUUAUUUUUGUUUUAUUUAAUAAUGAGAGUCCAUCUGAAAAUAGUGUAUGAAUUUAUGGGAUAGGAGUUCAUAAGUUUCUCUUCCUACUCCUUUUUGAGCAUGUUAAGAUUAUUGUAGCACAAAAAUAUGAGUUUUUUUGCAUUGCUUGUUCAUGUGUGUGAUUUUGUACUUCUAUCAUGUUCAAAAAUAAAUAAAAUAAAUAAAUAUUUUCCUAGUAAGCUUUGUGCACACAAAAAUAAUUUAUGAAGAGGUCUGUAUUACUAGAUUGCCAAUCUCAGGGAUUAUAUUAGAGCCCCAUCUUGUGGUGAUUAUUUAUUUUAUAAAUAAUGGAAAGAAAUUCAUUUAACAUUUUUUUAAAGUUUCAACAUUUUAACAGAUUCCUCCCUGUACCCCAAAAAUCCCAUUUUCACAAUAAAACAUGCGUAAAGUAAAAAAAAAAAAAAAGUCAUCUGUCACUGCAGCUUCAUCCC